AUGUAUCAUUUUGAUGCGGAACGAUUUUUUAGAGGAAAUAAUUUAUUAAUUACAUCUCAAGAAUUAAUCCUAAAUUCAAUUCGAAAUGAACAAUAUAUCACUGCACGCGAACAAUUGGGUAAAUAUUUACAUACACAUCAAGAUUUUUAUAGUCAUUCCAGUUGGAUUGAAAUGGGUGAAGAUGGAACAUAUAAAGCAUUAGGUGAAAUUAAUGCAUUUAAUGAAAAUAUUGCUACAAUAAAUAUUGGUUAUGAUGAAGGAGAAAUUGAAGAUGAUGAACCUGUAGUAAAACCAACGAAUGUUCUUAAAUGUUCACAUGGUGGAAUUAUUGAUACAACUGAUAAUAUACCAGCUCUUGGUGGAAUUAAUAAAGAUGUAAAAAUAAAUAUUUAUUCACCACAUUAUUAUCAUCAAGAACAGGCAGCAAAUGCAGCUAUUGAAUCAACUUAUUUAUUUCUAAAGAAAUUAUGA